UAACCCGACUCGCGGUGAAGAAUUUGUGAGGCACAUUUGCCCGUCAUCUUACGAUAGAAGGUACACAAUUACAAUCGAAAAUUGUACAUGAAAGUGCGGUUUUUGAGACAGAAAACGUUUUUUGUUUGGUGAGUGUGUAUUAAAACUAAUUAAAACAAUGUUCCUGACGCGAUCCGAAUACGACAGAGGCGUGAAUACGUUUUCGCCGGAGGGCAGGCUUUUCCAGGUCGAAUAUGCUAUAGAGGCAAUUAAACUCGGCUCCACUGCGAUUGGGAUAAAGACCUCUGAAGGCGUAGUCCUGGCCGUGGAGAAGAGGAUCAAAUCGCUUCUGAUGGAGCCGAAGACAAUAGAGAAAAUCUUAGAGAUAGACCACCACAUCGGUUGUGCUGUGAGCGGUCUGAUGGCCGACUCGAGGACCCUCGUAGAACACACAAGGCUCGAGUGCGCCCAGUACACGUUUGUAUACGGUGAGAAGAUGAGCGUUGAAUCAGUCGCACAGGCUUCUUCGAACCUUGCUAUCAAGUUCGGAGACUUUGAGGACGACGAGGUAGUCAUGAGCAGGCCGUUCGGAGUCGCCAUCAUGUUUGCAGGCUACGAUGACAAAGGGCCGCAGCUGUACCACGUCGACCCUUCGGGCACUUUCCUGCGGUUCGACGCCAAGGCGAUCGGCUCAGGGAGUGAAGGCGCUCAACAGAGCCUUGAGGAACACUACACCAAAUCGAUGACGCUCCAUGAAGCAAUCAAGCUCGUCCUGCUCAUCCUCAAACAAGUCAUGGAAGAAAAGCUCAACGAGUCCAACGUCGAAAUUGCCACCAUCACCAAGGAGAACUUGUUCAAAAUGUUCACGAAGGAAGAUGUCGCGAAGAUACUCGUCGAACUCGAAGGCGUCGACUUGCAAUAACACCAUCUUUAAGCCUUGAAAAAUAUAUUUUUUACACUUUUUUUCUCCAAAUUAAUUUUGUUCUGUUAUUGAAAAACAAAAAAAAAAUUGUAAAACAUUUCUGGAAAAUAAAACUUCUUUUU